GUCAACAACGUUGACGGUCCCUCAAAAAAUCUUUUCUAUUUCUCUCUCUAUCAAAUUCCACAUUCAAAACACUUGUUUCUUUUAUAUAAAUCUUCUCAAAUCUACCUUCCUCUUUCAAACUUUCUCUCUUUCCACAUUUAAGUUUUUUUCUUUGUGCGUACAAUGCCACAGGGCAAUUUGGAAACCCUUGUUUCCGCCUGUGCCGGCGGCUCUUGCGACAACAAAAUCGUCUGCGAGACUUUAGCAACCGCCGACGGCGAUCCCGACGACCACCACCUCCAUACGGCGGACAAACCAGGCGAAGAAGAAAUCCCGCCGGAUUUCCCGCCAGAAUCGUUUUGGUUAUCCAAAGACGCCGAGCUCGACUGGUUCGAUCGAAACGCUUUCUACGAACGGAAAGAGUCGCAGAAAGGAAACUCGGUUUCGAACUCCACUAAUCUUAACCCUAAUCUCAACUCGAACUCCAAUUCUCAACGCUUUUCGUUGAGGAAAUCGAAAGCUUCGAUCAUCGGAUUACCGAAACCGCAGAAAUCUUGCUUUGUUGAAACAAAGAACAGGAAGAAUUGUAAGCCUGGAAACACUAGAUUGUUUCCUAAAAGGUCCGGCUCGGUUAAAUCGGGUCCGCCCGUUGUUGAACCGGCUUCGCCUAAGGUUUCUUGUAUGGGAAGAGUGAGAUCGAAGCGAGACCGGAAUCGCCGACUAAAAAAGAACCGCCAAAAAUCGGCCGAAGUAGAAACAAUUCAAGAGAAAACGACGAGAAAAAAAGGCGGUUUCUUUUCGGGUUUUCGUGCUAUUUUUCGGUCCAAUAGGAAAGAACGUGAACUGCACGCUCUUCCGGUAGCGCCGUCGCCGCCAAGGAACAGCGACAUUAGGACGCGUUUGCCGCCAGAUGAUCGUGAUGCAAUAUCUAUGGGGCCUGAAAUUGCGGAGAGUGAACCGGUUCCUGAGCCGGUCAGUAUAGGCGGGAUGAAGCGGUUCGCGUCUGGCAGGAGAUCGGAGCCGUUAAUCUGAACCGUGGAAGAAAAGAUUGUUUUUUACACUAGUGGUGGGCCAUAGCUAAAUGGCGUGUGUUGGUCUGCGGUCGUGGUUGGGUAAUUUGUGGGUCCCGCCUAAUGUUUAAAUUUUCUUUGCGGUGACGUGGCAUGAUGAUUAAUGGUUUGGGGGAUGGAAAGCACUUUCGCCAAGUGAAAAAAGCGUUACAUAAGAGCUAAAAAGAUGACCAAAAAGGCUUUGGUUGAUGUUGAUGAGUGCUAAUUUAAGGAAAUUCAUGGGUGAAGUGCCUAAAGUUGGAGAUUGCAUCAUCCGAUCUGUUGUUGAUCAAGGCUUGCCUUUCUACGUUUAAAUAGUCUUCUCUUGUUUCCCAAGUGUUCAAAACCACCAGUCUUUAAUAUUCAAUUUUCUUUAAACUCGUAUUCGCUUGGGGUUGGGUCAUAGUUAAGCAGUCCCUCUGUUUGGUAUUUGUUGACUGCUAAGGUGGAUGGUAUUUGGUACAAUGGCUUAGAAUCUUAACCAUCUUAGUUUCUUAUAGUGUCGUUUUUCACUUA